AUGGCUCACGUCACCCUGGGAUGCUACCACCACGAUGGUGCAUACACACUGCUUGUCAAGCGCCCAAGUUUUGAGCGUGUGACUAUGGGGACGUUGCGAUGGUUCCCCAACGACACGCAACGUUUUCCCAGCGUCAAAGCCGAGCCGGAUUCUGACGAUUCUCCCUCCAUGUCUUCCUCUGCAGAAAAGUCGGUGCCCUUGCGCAUCCUCUACGAGAAAUACGCUGGCUGCCUCACUGCGGACAACAUGAUCAAAGUCACGGCGGUCCUGCAGCAGGCAGAGAAUCAGAAGAUCCUGCUCCAGGUGCGGGACUUCCACGUCAAGAACCCCGACAUCAAAAUCCGGGUGUUGGGCGAGCCGAUGCAGAAGCGCAAACUGGUGGCCGAGCUGACCCUGACCAACCCCCUCCCCACCCCGCUGACCGGCUGCAUCUUCAUGAUGGAGGGGGCCGGACUGACUGAGGGACAGAAGGUCCAGGCGCU